AUUUUAUUGAACUAAAGAAGCUCCCGGAGGGAUUUUAGAAUAACUGUGUUGAAGCAUCGGUCUUUUUCGUGUCCGGGUGGCCGUGAAAGGGGCUCCGUACACGGAUCUGAUCAGCGUCGCCCUUCAACUACCAUCCAGACCUUUUCUCACCGUGGAUGACUUCUUUCUGAUUCUGUGCAACGUUUUACACAUAUAUUUCCUAUCUGCUACCAAACAGAAUAAAGACUAUUUAGUAAGCUUAAUUAGCCAGACAGAAGCUUCCAGGGAACCAUGGCGGACCUUGGCAUCAGACCCGGGGACGACGUGCUGCUGGUGUGGACUCGGCCUUCGUCGCCAGGAGCCGUGAAACGCUCUGCAGAGGAACUGGCUGCAGCUGUUGGUGCAGACGGAAAGGUGGCCGUGGAGAACAUGGAGAGACUGCUGCUCUCCUCUCAUGCAGCAUCCAGCUUCCACUGGGUGCUCUCCUGCCUCCUGGAUGGCAGCUCCUCCAUCCACACUUCAGAGACGCUGGCAGAGAUGGUCAGAGUGCUCAGACCUGGUGGCAGGCUGGUCCUAGAGGAACCAGUUACAGAAAUAGAAGCUCAGAGUGUGAGGACUACAGAGAAACUUAUGUCAGCGAUGAAGUUGUCUGGAUUCAUGUCGGUGACGGAGAUCAGUAAAGCAGAACUGAGCCCCGAGGCGUUGAGCUCCCUCACAGCGAAUACUGGUUACCAAGGAAACGCCCCGUCUCGAGUCCGCAUGUCUGCUUCUAAACCCAACUACGAGGUGGGAUCUUCCAGCCAGAUCACGCUGCCAUUUGGAAAGAAGACCCUCAAACCAGCAGAGAAACCGGCUCUGGAUCCCAACACGGUGAAAAUGUGGACGCUGUCGGCCAAUGACAUGGAUGACGACGAUGUGGAUCUGUUGGACUCGGACUCUCUGCUGGACGAGGAGGAUCUGAAGAAGCCAGAUCCAUCUUCUCUGAAAGCUCCCAGCUGUGGAGAAGGAGCUGCCAAGAAGAAGAAAGCCUGCAAGAACUGCACGUGUGGUCUUGCUGAAGAGUUGGAGCAGGAGAGCAAAGAGAAAACCAGCUUACCAAAAUCUGCAUGUGGAAGUUGUUACCUUGGCGAUGCCUUCCGAUGCGCCAGCUGUCCGUACCUGGGGAUGCCAGCGUUCAAGCCAGGAGAGAAGAUUGUUCUGGACAACAACGCGCUGACCGACGCCUGAAACUGCAGAUCUCUCAGCUCCAAAACAUUCCUCAUGUUCCAUCCAAGACUCGACUCCCUCCGAUGAUUCCCGGCUGCUGGCUGGGAACCAGUUGCUUCAUUCAGGAGUCCCAUUUCAAUAAACCACAGCGUUUGA